AUGUCCGGCUUACUUUCAACUACUUUACGUACUCAAUUAUCUAAAAGAUUAGCUACUGCUGCUAUUUCCAAGAGAUCAAUUCCAGUUUUAACCUCGUUACCUAAAUUGGCUUUAAUUAACAAUGUUCGUACCUUCUCCAACACUGCCAUUAACUUCAAUGCCCCAGAAAAAUCACUUAAAAGAGUCAUCAAUGAAGAAUUGAAGCUUGCUCAAGCUGUUCCUAAUGAAAUUGAUCCAGCUUAUGAAGAAUAUUUAGAAACUGAAGGUUAUAAAGUUGUCACCACCCCAGGUGAAUCUAGAGUCGAAUUAGUUAAAGUUGAUAAAUCAACUGGUAAUCUUAUCCAUGUUUUCUUUGACAUUGAUGAAGUUGCUUCUUUGCCAUUGAAUGAAGAAUUACAAGAAGACAUGGAACAAGAUGAAGAAGAUUCUUACGAUCAAGCUUUCUGUAAUGUUAAAGUAGUUGUUGAAAACCAAAAAGAAAACACCGGUUUGAUUUUGAAUUUAUUAUUACAAAGUAGUGAAGAAACUUUCUUGGUUGAAUCAGUCACUCCUCAUAAUAAUAUCUCUGCGCAUCUUAGACAAUCUGCUGGUGAAGCUGAUGCUGCAAGAGCUGCUUAUCAAGGUCCAAACUUUUCUGAAUUGGAUGAAUCUUUACAAACCGAAUUCGAAACUUAUCUCGCUGAAAAGGGUAUUAACAGUGAAUUGGCUGAUUAUAUUAUCACCUACACUGAACACAAGGAAGAAGAUGAGUACAGAAAUUGGUUAUCUUCAGUCGGUAAAUUCUUGAACUAA